AUGAGCCUCACCUCCAGCUCGGUGGCGGCGGCGGAGCUUUACAGCAACAGCCCAUCCCCGAUGUCUCUGAAUUCCAGUGUUUUCUUCAGCGAGGUCAGAGACACGCUCGACUUUUUCAUCAUCAACGUUGGGGGAAGUCGCUACGUGCUAUCACAUGAGCUGCUGGCAUCCUACCCAGAGACCCGGCUGGGGAAGCUGGCCUGCUGCAGCCGAGACUCAGCGCUGGAGCUCUGUGACGACGCCAACUUCCUGGAGAAUGAGUUCUUCUUUGACCGGAACUCACAGACCUUCCAGUAUGUGAUGAACUAUUACCGGACGGGUCACCUGCACGUGAGGGAGGAGCUGUGUGAGAUCUCCUUCCUGCAGGAGAUUGAGUACUGGGGCAUCGACGAGCUUCGCAUCAACCCCUGCUGCCGCGAGCGUUACUACCGCCGCAAGGAGCAGAAGGAGACCCUGGACAUACAGCGAGAGUUUGAGCCCGAGGAUAGUGAUGAGGACUUUGUGGGUGCUGCCUGCCCGGCUCUCCGCCAGCGCCUGUGGGACCUGCUGGAGAAACCCGAAUCAUCGCGUGCUGCUCGCACCUUUGGCUCACUCUCAAUCUUCUUCGUGGUGGUGUCGGUCAUCAACAUGGUGCUCAUCUCGCUGGACUUAGGGGAGGACUUCGGAGUGAGCGACGUUGGUAUCGGUGCACCGCUGCUUUUCGAUGCCCUGGAGUAUGUGUGUGUGGUGUGGUUCACCGGAGAGCUGGCACUUCGGUUUCUCUGCGUGAGGGAUAAGUGUCGCUUCAGUCGAAGUAUUCCCAACGUGAUCGACCUGCUGGCCAUCCUGCCGUUCUAUGUGACGCUGGCAGUGGAGAGCCUCCACGGAGGAUCCACAGAGCUGGAGAACAUGGGCCGUGUGGUGCAGGUCCUCCGACUCCUCAGGUCACUCCGAAUGUUGAAGCUGGGACGACACUCGACAGGCCUCAAGUCUCUGGGUUUGACCAUCGCUCAGUGCUACGAGGAGGUCGGCCUCCUGCUCCUCUUCCUCGGUGUUGGCAUCUCCAUCUUCGCCACAGUGGUCUUCACCCUGGAGCACGACCUUCCCGCCACCACCUUUACCAGCGUGCCAGCCGCUUGGUGGUGGGCGACCACCUCCAUGACCACAGUUGGCUAUGGAGACAUCCGGCCCGACACGGCUGUGGGGAAGGUGCUGGCCUUCCUUUGCAUCCUGUCUGGGAUCCUGAUCCUGGCGCUCCCCAUCGCCAUCAUCAACGAGCGCUUCUCCGCCUGCUACUUUACGCUGAAGGUGAAGGAGGCAGCGAUGCGGCAAGGAGAGAUGCUGAAGAGGCUGGCCCGCGGCUCAGUGGGGGGGGUGGUCGAGGGGGGAGUGGGAGGAGGCGUGAACCUGAGGGACGCCUACGCCCGGAGCGUUCUGGACAUGUUGAAGCUGCAUGGGCGAGAGAGGGCGAGCACCCGGAGCAGUGGAGGAGAAGAGCUGUGGUGGUAGAACCAGGAGACUUGGACCGGUCCAGAACUGAUGUUCCCAUGUCCUUGUCUGUAAGCAGACAACAUAAAAGGACAAAUGAACCCACUUUUUCAUAGAACUCUGAUAACAGGAAUCAAAUGGAACGAUCCCUGACAUGCUACAACCACUCUUUACUGGUGAAAAACAGGCAAAUGUCACGUUUUAGGUUCCCAGCAAUAUGUUUUCUAUUUUAUUUUACAGUAGUUUCCUGUAACAGCCAAAUGACUCCAGCCCUUUGACUUCUCUUGGAAGAAAAAUGAUAACUGCACUGGAUCCAGUGAAGCAAUGAAGAUAAUAGAAAUUUUAGUAACCCUAACAUGUAUUUUGGUUCAAGCGUUCUGGACAUUUCAUAGUGUGUCGUGUGUUGUCAGACAACAUGAUUUGUUGCCACGUUAACCCUUGACUAAGUGGGGGAAAACUAUGUCUGUGCUCCUGUUGUGUUUUCAUGUCUACAUCACAUCUGUGUCCACCAGCCCUCUCUU